UGGAAAACAGACCUCUCGGCGGAAGGAUUUUACCACACUCUGUAUUUGAUUUAGUAUUUUCAGAAAUAGUGCUCCAGUUAAAGAAAUCAAUACGAGUUUACGUCGGGUUAUGUGUUCGGUAUGGAUCUGAUCUUUUGCUGCCCCUGUCGUAUGCUGUCGAAAGCGGCUCGCUUUGCUCAGUGGAAAUUCCCCAGUGCAUCGCUGUUCGUCGACUCGUUGGGGUGCUGAUAGAAAAAAAAAAUAGCUCGCCCAAUCCCGUUGCAUUCAAAAUGGUAAUAGUAUUCGAGAUCAAACGCCUCCUGAACGAGUUUCUCCAGCACGAAGGAAGCACAGCUGCAAUAAAAUUUCUCGACAAAAGGCGUUGCGAAAUCAGCGAUCUGUUGAUCAAGGGUAAAACUGUUGCCGAUGUCCACUUCGACGUGGAGCUCCUACAACGAACCAGUGCGGGCUGGCCACUUCCAGUAGAUCGCGUCUCCAUCACUGGUAGCGAAGCAUACGUUUGGUUCGAGCGAAAAACUGCUUUUCGUAAUGCACUUGCUGCGAUGGAAUGGAAAAUACCCGUGGAAAACCAUAACAACGGAGCCGAGCGACUGUAUCUAGAAUCACCGGCCAUCGAAGAAGACGCCUCAAACUCGAUGACUCAUUUCCGUGCCAAGGCGUUAUGGAAGGUUAUGAAGAACUGUUUUACUCUCGCUGGGUAUGUCGUAUUGGAGAAGGACACUCUUGAAGAGGUGGAUAUGCAGGCACCGGUUAAGAGGAUCGUGUUUGUUCAGAGAAAAAACAGAGUAAUCGACGAGCAGCUAGGCGAUACCCUCGAGCGACAGCAUCGUGUGGAAAUUCUGUCCGGUCCGGUGCUGGUCUCUUCCGACUUGGUCGAUGCGGAUAACUACAUUAGGCGACGUUCCGACGCACUGCAACCGAUUGCACAACAGCGCUACGGGGUGCGCAUACAUGAUUCCAACGAACUCGAGCGAAUGGUGGCCAGUUUGGGUCGCUCGGCUGCGAUCGUCGAUGUGCUUCAGCAGAAGCAUUCCAGUAUGAUCGAUAUGCGCGUACCGAAGCAUGGUGCCUCGCACAAACAGAACCCAUCCAAGAAGGCCACCUUCAUUCUGUACAAUUUCGCUCGUCUGGUGUCGAUUUUCAAAAAGUACCGACUACUGAUGGAACAGGAAGGUUACCCACGCAUGCCACCCGUGGACGAGGUUGACUUCGGCCUGCUUACCGAUCGAGAAGAGUGGAAUCUGCUGUUCGUGUACGUGAUCGGGUUUCCGUAUGCCCUGCGACGCACGUUGGGCGACGGAGAGCUGGCCCGGAUCGACCCACAUUAUCUGCUGGAGUUUACGUUCGGCCUCGUCUCGUGCCUCAGCAAGUACUACUGCAGUACACGCAUUCUGACCGACAACAGCCCCAAGUUGCUGCCGGUUAUGAUUGCCAGAUUACAUCUUCUACAAGCUAUAUACAACAUCCUGCGAACCCUGUUGCAUUUGCUAGACUUGGAGCCCAUCGAGAACAUGUGAUAUUUGAAUGCAUUGAACGAUUUGCAACAAUGCUCGAAUGAGGUAUGUCUUGAAACUUUAAAAAGCAAUUAUUUCGUUCCUUGGCCUUGUUAACUUACUGAAAAAGUUAUGUUCCUACACGAGAAUGCUUUCUGCAAAAUGGGCCAGUGCAAAAGAAUUUCACAAAAAAAAAUAUUUUACAAGUUUUUAUGCGAAAAUAGA